CACCGUUUUUCAUGUUUCUUCAAACGGUCUAUUGGGGAACGUUGCCUAGGCCUACUCAUCAUAUAGCGGGCGGCACGUUGUAAUAUUUUCAGGCGUCAGCGGUCGACGUGGCUGGCUGACGCAUUUUGCUCUUUUUCCCCAAAUUCCAAGGUCGAUUUUUUUUACGGGAUAUGUAGACUUGUUUCUAUGCUUGGGCAAGUAGAAUGCUUGUAAGGUUUAUUUGAUUAUCUGAAAUACCUAAAUAUUCUAAAUUAUAUUCACAUUUGAACUAAUACAUUUAACUUGAAUUUGGAUGGAGUUUCUUGCGCUAGUCUGCUGCGAAACUUCUAGAGCUGUGGGCCAUUGUCGCUUGCAGUCGCAUCUGCUACUUUGAAUCAAUUCCUUUUCAAGUAGGCAAAAGGAAGCUGCAAGCCGAAACUUUGUUGCAGGCUACAAAAAUGCCAAGUAAUGAAGUGAAGCAAAGGAAGAAGACCACGGCUCAGAAACUAAAUGACGAACCGGUUGAAACUUCAAAGUACACUUCCGAAGUUAAAGCAAAAUCUACCGAAGGAAAUAGCUUGCCUGAACGUAAAAGCUCCUCGCCAUCCUCCCUGGAUGUGAAAACGAUAACUUGUCUAAUGUCACUGAUAGUUUGCAUAGUGCUUACAUGGUUUGUAUUGCAGCAGAAUGCAAGAUUCUUCGACGUGGAAGAAAAGUACAAACUACUGUCUGGGAAGACUGCAAGUCUCCUUGAAAUGGAGGAGGAAGUCAUCAAGGUGUCCAAGAAGUGUGAGGGUGUCCAGAGCCUGUUGGAGCAUCUAGAGAGGCAGCCUGGUGGUCUCCUGCCCCACUUGGAGGCCCUGGAGCGGGAUGUAAGCCGGCUGAAGGACUGGGCGUCCGGCCUAACGGAGAAACGCGGCCUGCUCCAGGACAGCGUGGCAGCACUGACCGAGGCUGUGGGACAAAUCGAGGGACGGACCUCUGCCAUCACUAAGGAUGUCAACACUAAGGUGGCGUCGGUGAGGACAGACGUGCGUCGGAUGGAUGGGCACCAGUCGGAGGUGGAGUCUCUCCUGGAGAAGGUACGGGAGCUGGAGGAGCGGGCCGCCCAGGCCGAACGCAGCAUGGUCAAACGUAUCGGCGACCUGCUGGCCGGCAGCAUCGACCGCAUCCAGGACCUCAAGGGUGCCACGGAGCGCAACGCCCAAGCCCUGGAGCAGCUCAAACGCCGCCUACCUGAACUGUUCGCCAACGACCGGCAGAUCUCGGAGCGCCUGAGGGAGCUGGAAAGCGGCCGCGCCCGAUUGGUCCGCACGGUGACCUUCGCCGGCGACCUCCAGCCCAAGGUGGCGGCCAUCAAGCGGGACUUCGGGGCGCUGGCUCCGCAGGUGGAUGAGCUGACCCUGAGGAUUGGCCGUCUGGCCGAGGAUCUGACCAAGAGGGAGGAGGACAUCGCAGAGCUACGGCAGACAUUCGCUAACCUCAGCGCUGUGGAGGAGGACCUAGGAGUUGUGACACAGCAGUUGAGUCAAAUAGUUGAGCCUGAGAUGCCCGUAGUGGGAGGAGAGAUGCUUUUGCAGAAAGUCAACAUGAUUGAAUCCCUGCCUCAGACACUGGAAGGAGAGCUGUGAAUGAGUGCUUUUCUAUAUGCUAUAUAUCUACAGAGUAAAUGGCAAACUUUCAGCUUGUCACCAAUCAUUCCCUUACAAUAAAUGGCAAAUUUUUGAGAAUCUGAAAUCAGAGUUUGCUGAUCUUUCUGUACACCCAUGGUCGACCCCACCUAGCCCUUGCAACAAGUACUUCUGGAUCCCCUCCCCCAGAGAUCUUGAUUAAUGUGAGCAAUAUGGUGGAACCCACAGAGGAACAGGUUACUCCCCCUAUAAUGUACAUAUCAGUAUACUUUCCAUUGACUGUAUAACUAUACAGAUCUUUAGGGGGUCGAGAGGUAAGUCCUAGGGGUUAGGUUGAGACUAACUGGGCCUUUUAUCUAGAAUGCUGACUAACGUAUGUUGCUUUACAAAUUGUAUCCUUGAAUGAACCUGUCCUAUGAGUAAGUUGGCAUUUAUUGCGAUGAAUCUUGUCCUAAGGCAGAGCUGAGCAAUUUCCACUAGAAAGGCCAGUGGCAAAGUCAAAUUCUCUAUAUUGCGUCAAAAUUCAGGAAAACAAAAAUGUGCUUGUUGGAAUUCAUUUAAGUUUAGGGUUAGGGAUAAGGUUAGUAGUGUGGUUUAGGUUAGGGAUAAGGUUAGUGUGGUUUAGGUUAGGGAUAAGGUUAGUAGUGUGGUUAGGGUUAGGGAUAAGGUUAGUAGUGUGGUUUAGGUUAGGGAUAAGGUUAGUAGUGUGGUUAGGGUUAGGGAUAAGGUUAGUAGUGUGGUUUAGGUUAGGUUUAAAAUCAGAUUUUAUGGCUGUGCCAGCUAGUGACAACCCUGCAGAGCUGCCUCCAGUACAUGAGUCAUCCCAAUAAAUGCCAACCUGUGUCCUAUGAGACUGGAAUGUUAUUUUUUGAGAAAAAUGGCAUCAAUCAUGGCGAAUGAGAGGUCUUGCUGGUCCACAGUUUUGGAAUGUGAGCAGUCUCUUGAACAGUUUCCCCCUCAGUUGUCAGUCUGGCCAGUGGGCGGGUUGUAACAACACUGCUUGACCCUUGUGUGACCUGCACACGGGUAUGUAUUCUCAGGCUAAGGGGCCUGUUCAGGAGGAAUGUUAUGCUACAAUAUGAUUCUGUUCUGUCCAAUAAGGAAUGAUGUCAGCGCUAUACAUUCUACCUGAAAUGUUCUGAAUAUUUCACAGUGCUGAAUACAUGCCUUGGAGUUUCAAAUGGCUAGCUAGUCCUGCUAGUUUUUACAUCUCUCUGCCAUGAAUCGAAAUGAGUCUGUGGUUUACAGGUAUAGGGACCUAAAAUAGAAUACUGAAUGCUGCAGCCCGCAAGGCAAUGUAGCUUUGCCUGUGUUUACACCAGGGUGUGCAAUCUGUCACCAGGAGUUUGUUCAAUGGGGCUGACUGCAGAGCAAUGCAGGUAGAAAUGUGUGACAUAGAGCUGUGAUUCAUGUCAGAGUUGUUUCUGUUCUGUUUAACAUUUUCAUCUGCAACAUUGCUGACUUUGGACUCCUCUGGGAAAAAAACCUUGGGCUUAUUCAGUGGGUUGCCGUAUGUUCCGAUAGAAAUAUGUUGUGUAGAACAGACAUGACAAUCUUGUGGGAUAGGGUAGCAUGCCAAUCUAUUGAUUGCUUUUCUAGGGCUACUCUGCUGAGUAAGCCUCCAGGUGUUUUACAGGAAAUGUAUGUCUGAAGGAGGAAGUAUGUAUCGGAGCUGAACAAUGAGCUGAUGACCUCAUAGCCAAUCACCAAAGGCCAAUCACAACUUGUUUAACAUGCACAUUGGCAUGUCAUCUCUAAAGGUAGAGUUGAACCUACACAUACCUGGAAUUGCUCAACGACAACCAGACAUUAGGGCGCAGAUUGCAGCUGGUCUUUGGGUAAAGAGUGUGGACACCAUACCACUGUUUUAACUAGAGCUAAUUACAUGUACAGAUCACACCACAUGCAUUUACUGUCUCCAUUCCUUGAAACUGUCACAACCCCAUUGUAGUGGUGUUUUAACGCCAUGGAUAUAUUGUUCUUCGUGUGAGAGGGAUGUGCUUAAUAAAUUGUCAAUUUGAA